AUGGCCAUCAAGGUUGCAAAUGUAUUUGAAAGCUGUGAUGCACGCGACUUCCCGGUCAGUGUGACUACUAGUACUAGUACUAGUGAUUCUGCCCUUGGCCCUGACUACUCGAUAAAGUGCAAACAGGUUGAUGGCUUUAGGAAACACCGCUAUGGUGUCUGGGAAGGAAUCGUGCAUCCUUCAGGAGUAUUGUAUUAUUUCAACGUCUCAAUGAAAACAUAUACAGGAAGCGAUGCGAAAAAAUACACGCCUAAUCAAUUGAACAAUCUUCAGAACUGGAUAAGGGCAGCCCACAGGAGAUUGCAGGAAGAAACAUGGUAUAUGGUCAUAAAGCCUGUUACAAGAGAAGACAGAGACUACUAUGAAUACUAUUGUGUGGUACUGGAUGCCCACACCAUUGCUUGGUUUGAGGAUUUUAACGCCGACCUUCUAUUCCAGGAAUGCACCUUUGCAAGAGAGUGGAACCACAAGAGCAAGUUCUAUUCCCCAAUGAACGGCUCAAGCUGGAGGCACAAUUUUGGUGAGAACAUGUUGAUGAGUAUGCAACGCUCGGAUGCUACUGAGCUACCUGCACACUUAGAAUGGUAUCUGGCAGAGGGGUUGAUUCUGGAACAAUCAACUGCGGCAUCAUUGUUUUGGAGCACCGACCAAAUGGAGAAAGUGAUCACUUGCCUUAUUAGCUUUGAGAAUCUUCUCAACUCUGAUGCAUCCUUGAAGGAACAAGGUAUCGCAUACUGUGGAAGGAUAUGGAAUAUUUUACUGAUGGUAUUGGAGCAUGUUAAAAAACUUCACGUUGAUGGUAUUGUCAAUCUGCUUGAUAUUAAGAAAUUCCUUAACCAUUUCAAUGACGACAACAUAAAGCACAGCACUCUGGUGGGCGUUAUCAUGGCAGUAGAUGCUAGCAUACUUGCUAUUCCGAAUAUUGCUUCCAAAUCUCAUGACUUGCAAUACCACUUUACGAAGGUUGCCAUCAUCUAUAGCGCUCCUAGUUUGUUGUGA